AUGGAUUGCAGGGUGAAUGAAAAUCUUGAAAGUUCUUUCACUAUCCACCAUCUGACAGAAGAGAAGACCAAGCUGGAUGCCAACUAUGACAAGCUAGUUCAAGAUGUGCAUGAGCUGAUGAACUUCCAGGAAGAUAAGGUGGUGGAUUUCAGACAUCUGCAGUCUGCCAUUACAUAUCAGCAGGAGGUAAGAAAAGAACUGAUUGAUGAUAUGAAGGCACAGAUGGCAAGUGAGAUGGCAAAGAAAGAUGAAGAGACCCAGAAACUUACUCUCAAGUAUGAGCUGCUGCUCAACCUGACAAGAGCUCAAGCAACAGUCAUUCAGAACUUGAAGCUGAACAAAAUGAAAGAGAAGCAAGUGCUUACUGAAGCUAGUAUGAAUUUGGAGCUGAAGAAUGCAAAGCUAACAAAGUGUCAGGAGAAGCUCACCCAAGAGAAGCUAGAGUUGAAGCUUGAGGUUGCUGAUCUGCUUAAGGGAAAUGAAAAGCAUAUUGAAGAGAAGUGGCAGUUAGAGUUUCAGAAUGAAAAGUUGAAGGAGAAGUUCAGGGAGAUUCAGGCCAUCUUGGAGAAGUGA